AUGGACGAGAAGCAUGUUUACGCGGUGGAUGAGGAUGGGGAAUGCUUUGCUUUCUCAACAAGUGAGUGUAAGUUUGAGGCUGUCGACGGAAGAAGAGAGUCUAACGUAGAAAAUAGACACGAUUGGCUUAUAGGUAUAGGUGUUGGUGCAUUAAUCUGCCGUGGUAUCGGCGGGAAAAUACUGUGGCGUAUGCCAGAUGACUUGGAGUGGAAGGAAGUGAAGGGUUUGGAAGAGCUGCAGCAGCAACACCCUGGUCUUGAAAUCAUCAAACUCUGCCCCUACUCUGUUGAGAGAUUGGCCAUCUUCUGGGAAGCCCGGCCUCAAGGUAUUUUGGAGCUUUGGUUUGCCGAGUUGACCCUGGUAGGACGCAUGGACGGCGAGGUAUGGGAGGUUAAUGGGAACAUUGAGUGGUCCGGUCCUGUCCUCUCAGACUCAUCAUAUACUGGCCUUAACUUGUUAUGUGCUGGUUCUCUCUAUCUCUGA